AUGCCCAUUUCACCUCCUUCCUUCUCGACCGUGUCCUCUUCGAACAAUAAUUUGCCCAUUCAAGUGAUGGAUCAAGAUUCGAAUGAAAAAGAAAGCAAUAACAACAACAACAAUAAUAUUCAUACAUUCAAUUCAGUUCCAACCUUGUCAUUGCCAUUGAGUCCAAAUAUUCCACAACCUCCAGAAUUUUCCAAUCUUCAAAUUUCACAAUCUUACUCGGAACCACAUCAUUUGUCAACAAGCUCGUCACCUUCCGUACAGCAAAUGCAACCACAAACUGUACCUUCCUAUGAACAGCAAUCCUAUGAAUUGUACAAUUCCAAUAUUGGUCUUUACCAUCCUCAAGCUGUUGGGACUCAAAUGGAUGAAUCUCCUCCAGGCCUGAUGAGAGAGGAGUUUAUCGUGCAACAUCCAAGUCAAUACUCCUCUGUGAGUCCAAUGGAUGCUUCCACAACGAGUUUUGAUACUAUGAAUAGCAGUCAGUAUUCACAACAAGUGUUCAUUCAACAACGGCCUUAUGAAAUUCAAUCCAUUGUCAUUCCUACUCAAUUUGCACGUUCUCCCUAUGAACAACAACAACAACUACCAACGAAUGUGGUUGUCAUUGAGCAUGAAGAACAAGAGAAUCCCUCUCAAGUAAUGAUGGAACAUCAUUAUAAAAAUGACAAUGGCAACACUGGAGAAUUCCAACAACUAUCUCAGGAACCAAUAACUUCCUCUCAACAACUCUUGAAUUGGGUCAAAAAUAAUCGAGUGUUUGCAUUGUUCUUAGUGUGUGACAUUGCCUUGUUGAUUUUUGGUACUGGUUUGGCAAUUGUGAAUUCGUUUGUUCAUGUCAUUUUGUGUAUCAUUGUUUCUGUACUUCCAUUUGCUUUGGUAUUUUCUCAAAAAUCACCCUCUCGACGUCACACCACUAAAUGGAGAGUUGUGGCAAGUUUCUUAUUGGGUGCCUUGUUUGCUGACAAUAUUGCUGCUACGAUCUAUGUGUGGUAUCAACUUUUGAGGGAGGAUCAUCAACAUGCUUGGGAAAUUGUACUCAUUCUUGCAUUCACCUUUUUGCAGUAUAUUGUAGCUGUGUUGGGAUGUGUUGUCAUUUAUAGAACCAUUAUGAAUGAUCGUCGAAAUUCUAAUUCAGUCAACCAUAACAAUGGUUCAGAAAAUUAUGCAUAA